AUGUCAAUGCCGCAGAAGAAAACUCAGGGCCGAAAAAAGAUCGAGAUCAGGAAAAUAAUCGACGAAUAUAGCCGGCAGGUGACGUUCUCGAAACGUCGAACUGGUCUUUUCAAUAAAGCAAGUGAGCUUUGUGUCUUAACCGGCGCUGAGACAGCUAUCAUCGUCGAGUCUCCCGGGAACCGUGUCUUUGCGUUCGGACAUCCGAGUGUCGAUGCCGUGGUUGACAAGUAUCUUGCUGGAAGUUCAUCAGUGUCGUCGCAGGAUAACUUGUCGGUCAAGCAAGUUAAUGUAAAUUACUUAAUCGCGCAUAAUAAUUUUAAUCUCAAGUAUAGGGAGAUCGCUAAGGAGAUUGAAGAGGAGAAGAACAAGGAUACUAAUUUCCGGUGGCAAGAGUCUUUCGAAGAUUUAGGGGUGGAGGAGCUUGAGAAGUAUAUAGAUUCGAUGGAAGAGCUGAAAGAUAAACUAGCUACGAGAGCGAAUGAGGUAGAGAUGAUUAGAAAUUCUUCGAGCUUCGAUGUGAAUCAAAGCUUGAAAAAUGAGGGUGUGGAUGCUUUUUUGGUUAUUAAUCAGAAUGCAGAUUGUGGUGGUACUCAACAUUAUAUGGGCGAAAAAGGCAUGGAAAAGAAAGUUUGGAAUCAUAAAAUGAGCUUGUAUGGUAACAGAUGCUUGAACUAA